AUGAAGGAGACUAACAGUAUCUAUCUUGCACUGCUACUCGGGUUCUGUGCAUCAACAAAUGCAGCGCCACCUUUCAAUUCGCAAUCAUCAGCGCAGCUCGGCCUCAUAAACACAACCGCUUCCUUUGCUGCUCUUCCCAACAUUACAAUACCUGAUGGUAGCACGCGCAUAUCCGUUGGCCCAGCCUUCCCACCUGGUCUGAAGCCACCAGGACACGGCAUGUACUACGAGGUGCCGUUUUCGGACCCGCCCGUCAAGCUAAAAUUCCAGUACUGGAAGCUCAAUCCCGACCGCAACGAGACCGAAGUAGGCGAGUGCUUCCAAGAAGCCAUAAGGGAAUGCAGCGACCGGGCGAAACGGUCCACAAAGAUGAUCAAAAGGGGUUGGGAAAGCGGGACAAUUGUCCUCGGGGUUGUGCCGUGGAAACAAGCAGCGCUCUUCCUCAGACACAGCGUGAUUACUACGUUUACUUCCAAAUCGACUUCCAUUCCUCGAAAUUCACCGCACACCUUGGACAACCGUCUUACGGCCUCGGUCACUAAAGUACCUCUGAUCUUGCAUUUUCCGCAACCGGAUCUCCACACCUACGGCCUCUCUGCGACUAAAAAUCCCAACUCAUCUAAUAUGCGUCUGCUCAACACGAAAUCACUCCAAUUCGAGCAGUUUUUCGAUAGCCAAAUCCCAAAGUACGCUAUUUUAUCGCACAGAUGGGGCGAUGACGAGGUGACCUUUCAGGAGUUCCGAAAGGGCACGAAGCAAGACGGUCAAGGCUAUGACAAGGUCAUAGAGUGCUGCGUUGUCGCCGACAGCCAAGGUUUCCAAUGGGUUUGGAUUGACACCUGUUGCAUCGACAAGAAGAGCAGCGCUGAGCUCUCUGAGGCGAUCAAUUCCAUGUAUCGUUGGUAUGAAGGUGCGGCGGAGUGCUAUGCAUACCUCUCGGACGUCACCUGGGACAUUGAAGACAGAGAAGCGUCUAAGCUAGCAUUUCAAGCAAGCGUAUGGUUUACCCGCGGAUGGACGCUUCAAGAACUGCUCGCUCCUCCUAAGGUGAUGUUCUUUGAUCGUGAGUGGAAAUCUUUUGGAACCAAGAAGGAUCUGUCUAGGGAGAUAUCAGCCGCGACAGGAAUCAGCGUCGAUCACAUGGAAUCGCAGUCCUCGGCAUGUGUGGCAACAAAGAUGAGCUGGGCGUCGAGCCGAGCGACCAGCAGAUUGGAGGACAUGGCGUACUGUAUGCUGGGCUUAUUUGACGUCAACAUGCCGCUGCUCUACGGAGAGGGGAACAAAGCUUUCGUGAGACUUCAGCUGGAAAUUAUCCGGAAGUCGGACGAUGAGUCGGUCUUCGCCUGGACUUCGUCAAGAGCCAGUCAUGGACUGCUGGCUCCCUGGCCGACCUGUUUUGCCCAGUCGGGGGACAUCAAGAUCCACUCGUCCCUGAAAAAGAAGAGGUUCCCCUACCUUAUGACAAACCAAGGGCUGGAAUUCGAAGUGCCAUGUCGGUGGCGUUUUUCAUUUGGAGGGAAAGUAAAGUGGGAUCAGUCGAAAGACAGAUUGUCACUCGCACUCAAUUGUUGGAGGGAGGGCGCGAAAGGUCCUCUUGCCGUCACGAUCAUACUUGCCAGACACGGCACCACUUGGCAAAGAGAGGGUUGUGACAAGCUGGAACUGAGCAAGUCCGUAAGGGAUUCCGUGGGUUCCAAGGGGGAACUCAAUCAGGAUGUUCGACCUCUGCGACCAGCUGAACGACCCGACGAUGGUCCAGGCUCCGUGUCAUUGCUGUUGGAAGAGAGUGUCGAAGAUACCCCGCCGGCCUCCGAGGUCUGUGAGGCAGCCUGUGAGCCACUCAAAUCAACGAACAAAGCUACCCGGUACCCCGAGCUCAACCAGAAGUCUUGA